AUGGCGGAUAACAACAAAGAUAGUCUCGUUAGCGAGUUCUGCUCCAUCACUGGCGCGAGCCCCGAAAAGGCGACACAAUAUCUCGAGGCCAAUGACUGGCAAGUAUCUGCUGCCUCCAACUCGUUCUACCAAGACGAAGAUGAAGACACCCAGGUAGGCUCUUCCAACGCCGCCGGUGCCAACUACACAGGUCCCCGGACCCUCGAUGGUCGCCCUGCACCAUCAUCUGCCUCGCGACCUGCACCAUCGACGACUUCGCAGCCAAAGCGCAAAGGCGUGGCUACCCUAGGCUCUCUGCACAGUUCCAAACAAGAGUCGUCUCACAGGGACGACGAUGACGACGAUGAUCACACCGACGACGAUGACGACGAGAGCCGCGGCAACCUGUUUGCGGGCGGAGAAAAGUCGGCUCUGGCGGUGCAAGACCCCAGUCAAGAGAACGGCCCUAGAAAAAUCAUCAGCGACAUCCUGGCCAAGGCGAAAGAAAACGCCGGCCAGCCCGAUUCCGAAGACGAAUCGACCAACGCGGCGUCAUCGCACCAGUUUCGCGGCACUGGUAUGACGCUAGGUGGCGACGGGGUUGAGAGCCGCACCAUCCCUGACCCCAGUGGCGUUGCUCGGCCUCGCGGCGAGGUCCUUGAGCGCGUGCUGCACAUUUGGCAAGACGGAUUCAGCAUCGACGACGGCGAGCUGCGACGCUACGACGACCCCGCCAAUCAGCAAGAUCUUAGCAUGAUCCGCUCCGGCCGCGCUCCUCUCCACCUCAUGAAUGUCCAACACGACCAAGCCGUCGAUGUGAAGCUCGAACAGCACGACACCCCAUACAAGGCGCUGCCGAAGAAGUGGAAGGCCUUUUCCGGCUCGGGCCAGCGUCUGGGAAGCCCCGUGCCCGGCGGCCCAGUCGCCACGCCUGCGCCGGCCGUAUCACGAUCCGCGGCUGCCUCUAGCACUGCCGCUCCCAGCAGUCCCAUUCCCGACAUUGACGCGUCUCAGCCCACUGUGACGAUCCGGCUACAACUCCCCGACGGGACGAGACUACCUGCUCGAUUCAACACUACUAGCACCCUCGGCGACGUCUACAGCUUCAUCGGUAGAGCAUCGGCAGAGACACAAGCGCGCCCGUGGGUGCUGGUCACGACAUUUCCCAACAAGGAGCACACGGACAAGAGCCUGGUGCUUGGAGAAAUGCCCGAGUUUAAGAAGGGAGGCACCGCGGUUGUCAAGUGGAAAUAG